GUUAAAUCGUUAGGAUUCCCGCCAACUGUGUCUGCCUCUCUCUGAAGCCACAGGCACAGCCAUGGCGUUCGUCGCAACUUUGCUGAUUAUUUUGCCUCUCGGAUGCGCUCAAGGUUUCAUCAACAGUGCCCCUUCUCCGUCUCCCAACUCUCCUCCUUCUUCUCCGCCGCUGGUUCCGGCGUUGUUCGUGAUCGGAGACUCCUCCGUCGACUGUGGAAACCACACUUUUCUCGGCAACUUCGCUCGGGCCGAUAGACUUCCUUACGGACGGGAUUUCGACACUCGCCAACCUACUGGCCGCUUCUCCAAUGGACGAAUCGCUGUUGAUUAUCUUGCGUUGAAUCUAGGGUUGCCAUUUGUGCCGGGUUAUCAUGGGAAACCCGAUUCCGCUGAUGAUCUGAUCCAGGGAGUGAAUUAUGCUUCUGCUGAAGCUAGCAUCGUUUUAUCCACUGGCUCUGAAUGGGGUGGGUUUAGCUCACUUACACACCAGAUUCAGCAUGCAAUCGAGACGUUUCAGCAGAUUAAACUAAGCAUGGGUGAGGAAGAAGGAGCUCGUCUGAUCUCAAACUCUAUAUUCUACAUUUCUAUUGGAACCAAUGACUACAUUCGUUACUAUCAUCAUAAUAGAUCCGAUCCUCAGUCUCUUUAUCUUCCUUGGAGUUUCAACCAGCUCUUGAUUCAGGGUUUAAAGCAGGAGAUUGUGAACCUCUAUGAUGCUGAUGUAAGAAAAGUGGUUGUGAUGGGAUUGGGGCCAAUGGGUUGUGCUCCCUAUUACAUCUGGCGAUAUCGUAACCAGCCUGGACAUUGCGUGGAAAUAAUGAACGAUAUGAUAGUGGAGUUUAACUUAGCACUGAGGUACAUUGUUGAUGAACUCGGUCAAGAGCUUGCAGAUGCAAAAAUCAUCUUCUGCGACGCGUUUCAGAGUUCCAUGGAGAUUAUAGAGAAUCUUCAUCGCUAUGGUUUCAGUGUUAAUGAAGAGGCUUGCUGCGGUUUUGGGAGGCGUAGAGCUUGGUUUUCAUGUAUGUCUCCUGAGAUGGCUUGCAGCAACGCGUCUAACCAUAUAUGGUGGGACCAAUUUCAUCCAACCGAUGCAGUAAACGCAAUCCUGGCUGAUAACAUCUGGUCUGGCCUGCAUUCAAGUAUAUGCUAUCCCAUGAACUUGCUGGAUAUGAUAUAAGCUCUGAGGUAUUUUGCCC